AUGGUCCUAGUUGGCCUUGCUGUCAAAAAACCUGAACCCAAUGACCCACUUCAUUCGGGUUUGGUAGCAGUAAUGUUGGUGAAGCAAGGGUCCUACAGAAUUGUGAUGGAGGAAGAACGUGGUGAACAAAGUGACAAAGGAAGUGAUAGAACGAGGAAGUUAGUGUUCAGACACUACUGCAGAAGCAAGAUGAUAGGUGUUUUGAACGAACGGUUGACUAUUGAGCAAAAGGGAUACAUUGAGAAGAGUGUUUUUGGUUGGUUGUUAUACUUCCCAAGUUCUAUUAAGAUAGGGUUGCCUGUUGUUGGUGAAGCGAUAGAUUUAAAUAAAGUUGGGCAUCGUAGUGUUUGUAGGGAGUACUUCCCUAAGGGGAAAGUGGAUGUCCGGAUGGUAUAUGAGUUUUUGUUAGAGGAACAUCAAAAUUUUCCAAUAGAACAUUUUUGCAGCUUGUAUAUAUUGGUAGGCAUAUCAGAGUUCUUGGUUCCGAAUCGAAGUGGAGUAGUAUUCCCAAUCAUAUUUGACCUUGUUUCGGAGUUUGGGAGUGUGGCUAAGUACAAUUGGGGCAGUUUAUUUUUUCAGUACUUUGUUGAAAGUGUGUGUGGUGCUUCAACAACAAUGAAGAAUGAAACAACCAAAAGCCAUAUUCAUGUUCAAGGAUGUGCUUACCUGUUGCAGGUAUGGUUUUGUCACCAUUUUGUGACAUCGAAGUCCAUUUACAGUACACGGGUAACAAAAUUCCCAAGGUUGUUGAACUGGAUUGAUAUCAAUAUUGGGGAUAAGUUUAUGAAAAGUGCUUUGGCAAAGGGAUCGGUUGUUAUUGAUGUUGGUGUGUCCAAAGAGGAGCUUUGUUAUGGUAUGGUGAAAGACGCUUGUGAGAAAUUUGGUAUUCCAUUUAAGAAGCAAAAUAGAGGAGAUAAGGAAAAAUUACUUUUUGUUGUAGAAGAACAAACACGGGUAAUCGCGGACAUGCAAAGUAGUCUUAACGAUUUAAGAAAGUUGGUUCAAGGAAAAAAUGAAGAUAAGAAUGAAGAAUUUGUGGAAGAACCGCUGUGGGGACGUGAACAUGGUUGUCAAAGUACACCGGUUCAGCAUGACCAGCAAACCCCUGUGGUUGAACGUGGAUUUCAAAUGCAACAAAGCACAAUGUAUGAUCGUAUGAAAGCGCAACCCCGAAUACGGGUUAAGAGUGUCGUAAAAAGAAGUCCUUAUACUGCAGGUGUUAGAAGAAAAAAAGGAGUACCUGAAUAA